AUAUUUCGCAUUCCUACUUUUACCAUUAGCUUGCAAUUAGCAAGUUUCAAAAGACGAUCUGAGCUUAUCUGGCCAAAUAAUUCACAUUACCUUCUAAUCUAGCCAUUGUAUAAGCCACCUAAACGUUUCAUUUUACUUGCCAGCCAAUCUAAUUGAAACUAUCAAUGCCUCCUCGCAAGACACCACCACAGGCUCUUGAUGCCGUGCGCAACAUGAAGGGCAUCACAUUCUCUUUCAAUCUAACACAGUCGCUCAACUACAAGCAGUCCCAACAACAGGAUCAACAAAGCUCGUUUACUUCAGAGCAUCAACCAAAACCACAGAUUGCAAGCCAAAGAGAGAUUCAGCAGCAGAUUCCCAUUGGGCACGAUCUGACAACUGAUACGGCACAUAUUCCCAUAUCCAAAACCACUUCAAUAGGAUCAACCAAUGCUGCCAAUACCUCAAAUGGUGUUGCUUUGCGAUCUUCCUCCUCCUCUCCCUCAUCUGGAACUGCGACUUUACGAACAGGCAAUGUCAGCCCAUCUACUAAUCCUCUACUCUCAAUCACCAAUCCUGAACAAGCCACAUCAUGCAUACCUGAACCCGCAAGUGUUGCUAAUGCAUCUGAAAAUGGUUCUCCCGCAAAAAAUAGAAGCAGUCCUGCCAUUUCUACAGCUGUUCAUUCCACAAGAACAUCUCCCAUACCACAACAGGCACCACACACAGAGUCUAAAGCAUCGGAAUCUAAACUAGCUGCGUCUCCUACACAAACUACGAUUUCCCGUACAUCACCACAAUUAGAUGGCAAGACACAGCUUCUUUCACAAGCCACCACAUUAGAUCCGUCAAGGAGUCCUGUUCCAGGCGCUUUAUCUUUAUCCGAAACUCCCAAUGCAUCUCCUGGAAGAGUUCCUAUUGAUUCUGCAUACGACAUGUCAGUAAAGGUGCAUGCCAUCACAUCAGAUGCUCUCUUGUACCGUAUGAGAGGCAUUUGCACGCCAGAGUUUGCGGCCCUCAAGCAACCUGGCCGUACAUCCUCACAAUCAGGUGCACCCGUGCGCAACACAUUUGGAGGAUCAUCCCGCUUCACAAAUCAUCGCCGCACACUCAGUAAUUCUUCUGCCGAUUCUUCCCGUCAAUAUACGUCACCAUCUUCUGGCGACGAGUUCCAUGGAUCUGCAGGGCAACCUGUUGCGCGACGUGGUAGACCUCCCAAUUCUGCGAAUCGCGCCCGUAGUGGUAAGCCUUCAGUAGGUAGACCUCCUGGUAGUGCAAGUGCUAGCCGUUUUUCAGGAAGUGGUGUGGGUGGAAGGCCAUCUGGAACUAGUGGUAAACGUAAACUGGGAUCUGCUUUUCCAUCAGCUCAUAACCCGCCUACUGUGAUAGAACAAUCUACAGACUUGGAUUUGGAUAAUGAUAGUGCAGAUUAUAUUGAUGACGAAAAGGGUUCAAUACGUAAGCGAAAAGUUAUUCACUCCACUACAAGUCCAGGUGAAUGCACAUGGUGUGGAGUUAAAAAGACGGCACAAUGGCGCAAAGGACCAUCUGGAUCUCGUGGUUUGUGCAAUGCAUGUGGUCUUGAAUGGGCCAAACAGAUCCGCCACGAAGCUAAAAAGUCUGGUAUUAGUAAUCAUGACGCAGAAAUCUUUUUGAUCAAAAAUUAUCGCACAUCUGAGCGGUAUCUGCGGUACAUGCGUGAGCACAACUUCUCGCUUGAUGGCCCUGCAGACGAUGCAGAAACCACUGCUGCUGCCAUUGCUGCUGUGGGCUCUAGUUCUUUCUCGGACUACUCAUCGCCUGCUCCAGAACAUCCGCAUCGGUCAGUGUCCCCUACUGUUCGUCUUGCAUCUCUUUCUCCUAACCCUGCACGUGUCUCCCCAUCACAGAGUGCAACAUCUAAUCCCUUUGAAGCGGCCUCACUUUCACCUUCUGCAGCUACAAAAAGAUCAUCUGUAGAGAAUUAGCUUCAACAACAGCCGAUUCUUUUGAAUAUCCUAAACACGAACCACCUUUUGCACUCAUUUAGGACUCGAGACUGUCAAUACACUAUACUUUCAGUCUCUAUACUUUCAUCACUCGCUUUCAUUAUUAUUUGUCACCCCACCUUUAAACCUCGCCUGAUUUGACAUCUUAAUCUUCAUUAAGAGCAUUUUUAGUCCUUUACAAUAAAUUUGGUUGUUGCUCAUU